CGCGUCUCCCUUGCUGCGAUAACAAUCCUAUCGACGACGACGACGAACUGCGACGCCGCAGCUGGGGGAUGUUUGUGUUUGAGUAGGAUUUAGGUGCCACCUGCUUGCCCAAGAUGAUGAUUACUCCGCCCGACGGGCCGACGAGUACUCCAGCCCUCAUCAAGAAGCGCAUGGGAACAACCGCAGGAACUCCCCAGACCGCUGAUCGCUUGAAGAAGCCCUUUAGGAUUACCUUGAGCGAUGACAAAGAGAACACUCCGACCUCGUCAGCUAGGCCUACACAAGGCUCUCAGCGGCUCUAUGGAGGAACUCCUCAAUCUGUCGACCAACUAGUAAAGCCUUUCAAAUGCCCUGGAUCUGCAACAAUUACUCGAACUUCAGACAAACCUACCCGGAAAAGAAGGAAGGUGGACUAUGGAGGAGCUGAUGGUGAUAGGGAUGACGAAGACAAGUCGUGGACAAACGAGGAUCGACUUGCUCUUGCCAACAGAGAUGCCAACAAGUUUCCAGUCUUUCAAGUCAAAGACAAGGAGACAAUGUUCCGGCAGCGGUUUUCUGUCCCAUUGAUCAACAAAAACGCGGGCACAUACAAUCCAAAUCGACCUCCUCCGACCCUUGGACUCCGACAAGGAGCAGUCUUCGUUGCAAAGCCGUUGCAUGAUCCCAGCGGAGAGUUUGCUAUUGUACUCUACGAUCCGACCAUUGAUGAGAAGCCGAGGACUAUUGAGGAGGCAAAGAAGGGCGACGAAGCAGAGCCUCCGAAGAUUGAUGCUCCUUUGGUCCACAAAAGUCUUGCCGAAAUUUUGGGAAUCAAGAAAGUUGUGGAGAGCGACCGCCCAAAAGUUCCAGUGGUCAUCGAUCCGAAACUUGCCAAAGUUCUGCGGCCUCAUCAGAUUGAAGGUGUGAAAUUCAUGUACAAGUGCGUCACCGGGAUGAUAGAGCCGAAGGCGAACGGUUGCAUUAUGGCAGACGAGAUGGGCUUGGGAAAGACACUCCAGUGUAUCACUCUCAUGUGGACACUGUUAAAGCAAUCUCCAGAUGCCGGAAAGUCAACAAUUCAAAAAGCUGUCAUUGCUUGCCCUUCCAGUCUGGUCAAGAAUUGGGCGAACGAGUUGGUGAAGUGGCUUGGACCAGAUGCCAUCCAGCCCUUUGCCAUUGAUGGCAAAGCUACGAAGGAAGAGCUCACUCAGCAACUGCGACAAUGGGCCAUUGCGAGCGGGCGAUCAAUCACGCGCCCAGUCAUUAUCGUCUCAUACGAAACUCUCCGACUGAACGUGGAGGAGCUCAAAAAUACGAAGAUAGGGCUCAUGCUGUGUGAUGAAGGUCAUCGUUUGAAAAAUGGAGAUAGCCAGACGUUCACGGCAUUGAAUAGUCUCAAUGUGUCGAGAAGAGUUAUUUUAUCCGGCACGCCAAUUCAGAAUGAUCUGUCUGAAUAUUUCUCUCUCAUCAGCUUCGCCAACCCUGGCUUGCUAGGCACGCGACUUGAAUUCAGAAAGAAGUACGAGUUGCCAAUUCUUAGGGGACGAGACGCUGCAGGCAGCGACAAAGAUCGAGGACGAGGCGACGAGUGUAUCCGGGAUCUAUUAAACGUUGUCAACAAGUUCAUCAUUCGGCGAACGAACGAUAUUCUUUCCAAAUAUUUACCUGUCAAGUACGAGCAUGUUGUGUUCUGCAAUCUUGCACCCUUCCAGCUUGAUCUGUACAAUCACUUCAUCAGCAGUCCCGAUAUCAAAGCUUUGCUCCGAGGCAAAGGGAGUCAACCACUGAAGGCCAUUGGUAUGCUGAAGAAGCUCUGCAACCAUCCAGACCUACUCAACCUUCCUGACGACUUGCCUGGAUGUGAGCAAUUCUGGCCUGAAGAUUAUGUUCCAAAGGACGCUCGUGGUCGGGAUCGGGAUGUGAAACCCUGGUAUUCGGGCAAGAUGCAAGUACUUGACCGCAUGCUCGCCCGGAUUCGUCAGGAUACCAAUGACAAGAUUGUAUUGAUCAGCAAUUACACCCAAACCCUUGAUAUGUUCGACAAACUAUGUCGACACCGUGGGUAUGGCAGCCUUCGUCUUGAUGGAACCAUGAACGUAACCAAACGUCAGAAACUUGUUGACAAAUUCAACGAUCCUGAAGGGAACGAAUUCAUUUUCCUUCUCAGUAGCAAAGCCGGUGGAUGCGGUCUCAACUUGAUUGGUGCGAAUCGACUUGUCCUCUUCGAUCCUGACUGGAACCCAGCAGCCGAUCAACAGGCUCUUGCCCGAGUAUGGAGAGAUGGACAGAAGAAAGACUGUUUCGUGUACCGCUUCAUUGCUACCGGCACCAUCGAAGAGAAGAUCUUCCAACGACAAUCGCACAAGCAAUCUCUAUCCUCGUGCGUUGUGGACUCCGCCGAAGAUGUCGAGCGUCAUUUUACCCUAGACAGUCUCAGGGAACUUUUCCAGUACCAUGGUAAGACGACGAGCGACACCCACGACACCUUCAAGUGCAAGCGGUGCAAGCCGGACGGGAAGCAGAACAUCAAAGCCCCAGCAAUGAUGUACGGUGACACGAGUACAUGGAAUCAUUUCGUCAACGAGGGUUUGAAGCCGAUCCAAGACUUAUUGCUGAGACAAGAAUGUGGUGAGAACGAGGUAUCUGCUGUGUUCCAGUAUAUAUCCCAUUAGACAUUGCAUUGCUGCAUGGCAUUCGAUAUUUGUUUCGGCGCUUGGGAGAGGACAAGAAGAAAUCGGCGUUUGGUAAGAUCAAAGUACAUUUCACGGAACGGAAUUGAAAUGCUAGACCUAGUUUUUGUGUGGUAGUAUUUACAACAACGGAAUAUAAUAUGUCUUGCUAG